AUGGACACUUCGACCGUGCUAGAGAAGUACACCCAGGACUUGGUCAACCUUCCACUGGAGGUGAAGUUCCUCCUUGAUGAGAUACGCAACAAGGACACCCAGCUCCAGGAGGUGAGACGCCGAUGGCAGGCCCGCGACAACCACCUCCACAAAUUCAUCAAACAGAACUCGACAUUGGCCAAACACCCUAAAGAAGCACAAAUAAAUCAGAAAAUCGAAGAGGAUCAGAAACAGGUGACCCAAAUACAACAGGAAAAAGUGCUUUUGGCCAACACCGCCCUCUACAUUGUGCUGAAACAUUUAUUCCAAUUUGAGGCCGACAUCGCUAAGCUCGAAGCCGACGAUUUGCUCCCUCCCGAACUGGCAGUGCUCACCGAUGACUUUAGAGAUAAUUAUGGCAUGAGCGACCUGAAUAUCAGCGGGCUGGCGACUCCCAGAAACGCGCCUCAAGUACCGGCAGUGGCUCUGGAAGUAAGACGACUGUUGAAGCGUAAAAUGGGGGUCAGACCUGGUGGCAGUCGUCUUAAGAGACGCCUACACAUGGCUGAUGACGAUGACGAUGAUCUGCCAAUAUCUGCAGGUCUGUUUGCCCUUACCAAUGACGAAUACGGCGAUAAUCACGGUCACCUGGGACCAGGGGGUGACGACGCCGAUAAUAACCUCUACUGUUUCUGCCAGCGUGUUCUGUUCGGUGAGAUGAUUGGCUGUGACAACGACGACUGUAAGUACGAGUGGUUCCACUGGAGCUGUGUUGGUAUCACCAGUCCACCGAAAGAUGAUGAAGUGUGGUACUGUCCUGACUGUGCACCGAAGAUGGAGAAGCGCAAGAAGAAACGCAAGGUGGCGUAA